GAGCUGUCAGAGAGGGCAAAACAAUUAGCAAAAAAUGCGGUGUCCCCUUCUACAAAGCUAAAUCAGAGAAGUAUUGGGACCUUUAUGAGAAAUUUUGUAAGAAAUUUGGCCUGGAUAUGAAGAACCCACUGGAAGAGG